AUGAUUCGUUUAAAACCUCGUGAAAAAGUUCGAAUUGAUUUUAAUCGUCGUCUUUAUCUUGCACCAUUGACAACCGUUGGUAAUUUACCAUUUCGUCGUGUAUGUAAAGAUUUUGGUUGUGAAAUAACUUGUGGUAAAAUGGCAUUGACAACAUCAUUACUUCAAGGACAAAUAUCUGAAUUUGCAUUAAUACGUCGUCAUCCAAGUGAAACGAUAUUUGGUGUUCAACUUUGCGGUUCAUUUGUUGACACAAUGACACGAACUGUUCAAAUGCUUGAAGAAAAUUUUGAUUAUGAUUUUAUUGAUAUUAAUGCGGCUUGCCCAAUUGAUCUUGUUUACAAGAAAGGUGCUGGUUGUGCAUUAACACGUCGAACAGUUGAUUUUGAACGUAUAUGUCGAUCAAUAUCAUGUCUGUCUACACGUCCAAUCACACUUAAAUUACGUACAGGAAUAAUGACUGGAGAAAAUAACGCUCAUGAAAUUGUUUCCUUAGCUAAAUCAUGGAAAUCUGAACAUGAUGGGAAUCAUAUUAUUGAUUUAUUUACUUUACAUGGUCGAUCAAAAGAAAUGCGUUAUUCAAAAAAUGCUGAUUGGAAUUAUAUUGAUGAAUGUGCGAAAGCAGCUGAUCCAAUUCCAUUAUAUGGUGUCGGAGAUAUUUAUUCAUUUGAAGAUUAUUAUCAAAGAUUAAAUGAUACUAGUGUUAGUGGCUGUAUGAUAGCACGUGGUGCGCUAAUUAAACCAUGGUUAUUCACGGAAAUAAAAGAACAACGUACAUGGGAUAUAUCCGCUAGUGAACGUUUUGAUAUGUUGAAAAGUUAUGCGAAUUAUGGUUUAGAACAUUGGGGUUCUGAUAAUGCUGGUGUGGAUAAAACUCGACGAUUUUUACUCGAAUGGAUAUCAUUUCUUUAUCGUUAUGUACCUGUGGGUUUAUUGGAACGACUUCCACAUAGAUUAAAUGAACGACCACCAUAUUUCUUCGGACGAAAUGAUCUCGAAACAUUAAUGUCAUCGAAACUUUGUUCGGAUUGGGUUAAAUUGACUGAACUUUUGUUGGGUAAAGUUUCUCCGGAGUUUCAAUUUUUACCCAAACAUAAAGCGAGUGCUUAUGGUUAA